GGAUGAAUCUUCAAGAUGAAUUGGAUGAUCUUAAAGUACAUAUGUCUAUUGAUAAAACAACAAUACAAGAAUUGAAUAGGUGCAUGGCAGAGAAAAGAGAAGAACAACUCUUUAGACACCAUGAAGAUGCUGGGGUCAAGAAGAGUACUCCAGAGAAGAAUGAGAAAGCAAUACCGGAGCAGACAUUACAGAAGGUCAUUGAGUUGGAAAAUCGACUAAAAUCUUUUGAGCAAAAGUCAAGAAAAUUAAAAGAGGGGAAUAAAAAAUUAAAGAAAGAAAAUGAUUUCCUGAAAUCCCAUUUAAAACACUAUCAAGAAGAUUCUGAAGUGAGAGAAAAGGAGCUGGAGCACCUACUGAAGGUGAGUAAAGAUGUAGAAAAUGACAAAGGUGAACUUCAAGUCAAAAUCACUGAGCUGGAGAGGGAAGUCACUACCCUGAGGAGACAAGUGGCAGAGGCCAAGGCUUUGAGAAACGACAGUGAAGAGGCGGUGAGUCCAGGCGAGAAGCGCCACCAUCCCACUGACAAAGCUAAAUCUGAGAUGGUCACCAGAGAGGUGAGAGCCCGGCCGUGUGACUGCAAGACAACCACUACCAAGGUGAAAUUUAAAGCUGCCAAGAAAAAGAUCUCUGUGGGUCGCCACCACACGCUUCUCAAUCACUCCAUCAAGGUUAUGAGCCACGUUGAGAACCUCAGCAAGGACGGCUGGGAGGAUGUGAGUGAAGGCAG